UACAUAUUUGCUAUUAGUUAUAUUUCAUAUAACUCUUGUUCCAAGUCAUUGGUAUUUGAAGCCAAAUAUUACAUCAAAUGUUCUGUUCCAACAAAUACCCGCAAUGCCUAUUUCAAUAUCUGAGCAACAAGAGAAUGUCAACAAUCCAAUUAUAACAAGGCAUAAGGAACACCCUUCCAAAAGAUUAAAAUUAAUUGCAGAAGAAACUUCAAGCAAAAGUAAAUAUCAACUAAAAGAUAAUAUGUUACUAAAUAUAAUUAACAAAGAUUUGGAAACAGGUUCAAAUAUUAAAGAAGUUGUAAGUGAUAGUAAGAGUUAUAAAUAUGGCAAAUAUAAAGAGUAUAGUUAUUAUGCAAAGACAUGUGACUAUUUAUAA